CCGGCCUGGGUUCCGCCAGCCCAUAGACACGCCUACUAAAAUGAUCCACCGUCCACCGUCACCCUUUUUUUUUCUUUUACUUUUUUGACUUCUUCCGUGACUCUCGUGACUCUUCCAUCCUCCUUUCCUUUUCUGAUCUGUCGCAGGUCAGAUUCCGUUCUUUCUGUCGGCAUCGACGACAUUCCUAUACAACGUGGUCAGCCUGGGUCGACUUACACGAGCCCGUCAUCCUCAACACCACCACCACCACCACCAUCACUCCCUCCACUCCUCAGACUCACCGGUAUCCCACGCUCGUCCAGUCUACUAGAAUCCAAGGGGAGAGAAAACCCUAAUCAUGGCUCCCUCCGCCGUCCCCGCGUCCCAGCAGGACGACGUCAACCUCACGGCCGCCGCCAUCCACCGCAAGGAGGCCGCCCAGCCUGCCACGAAGCCGCACCCCAACGGCCACUCCAACGGCAACGGCGUCGCCAAGGUUGCCCCUCUCGAUGCCUCCCUCCUCACCUACACACUCACCGAGAACCCGCGCCCCGUCCCCGAUGAGGCCGUCGCCAACGCUGGCGAUGAGACCGUCGCCACCGACCACAUGGUCACCGCCGUCUGGCGCGCCUCCACCGGCUGGGCCACCCCCGAGCUCAAGCCCUACGGGCCCCUGAGCCUCAUGCCCACAGCCAGCUGCCUGCACUACGCCACCGAGUGCUUCGAGGGCCUCAAGGUCUUCCGCGGCUACGACGGCAAGCUCCGCAUCUUCCGCCCGGACCGCAACGCCAAGCGCAUGCACAUGUCCGCCGGCCGCAUCUCCCUGCCCCUCUUCGAGCCCGCCGAGCUCGAGAAGCUCAUGGUCGCCCUCCUCUCCGUCGACGGCCCCCGCUGGCUGCCCAAGGAUAAGCCCGGUAACUUCCUCUAUCUGCGGCCAACCCUCAUCGGCACCCAGUCUCAGCUCGGCGUCCAGGCCCCCAAGGAGGCUAUGCUCUACAUCAUUGUUACCUUCAUGCCCCGCAUGGACUCGCCCCCCGGCGGCAUGCGCCUUCACACCUCCCCGGAGGAUAUGGUUCGCGCCUGGGUCGGCGGCUUCGGCUACGCCAAGGUCGGCGCCAACUACGGCCCCAGCCUCAUGGCCACCCAGGACGCCCGCCGACGUGGCUACCACCAGAUCCUCUGGCUCUACGGCGAGCAGGGCGAGUGCACCGAGGCCGGUGCUAGCAACUUCUUCAUCGUUUGGAAACGUAAGGACGGCCAGAAGGAGCUCAUUACCGCGCCCCUCGAUGAUAAGCUCAUCCUCGACGGCGUCACCCGCCGUUCCUGCAUCGAGGUCGCCAAGGAACGCCUCGCCGGCGAGAUCGAAGUCACCGAGCGCAAGUACACCAUCGCCGAGCUCAUCGAAGCCGACGCCGAGGGCCGGAUCCUCGAGUCAUUUGCUGCCGGCACCGCUGUAGGUCAUGUUCGCUCCGCCACGCCCGUCGUUCCCUUUGCUGACCUGUCUAGUACUUCAUCUGCCCCGUGUCUCAGAUUCAUCACCGCGGUCAGGACAUCAACAUCCCAAUGGGUCCAGAGGGCGCUGCCGGCGAGAUCACCGGUAAGAUCAAGGGCUGGAUCGGCGACAUCAUGUACGGCCGCGAGCAGCACCCGUGGGGCUUCAUCAUUCCCGAGAAGGAGUCCCGGCCUGCCGAGGACUAAAUCGGAGCCGAGCGCUCCGGGUGGCCGGCAUUUUCCUCUAAUGGGCGACGUUUGAUGAUUAAACCACUGCUUACUUAGAUCUCAUUGGGGCGAUUCAUGGGCUGGAGUUCGGCGCACGACGCUGGCCCGGCAACGCAUAUAGCCAGAUUUGAUAGACUAUUUUUGACAGAUAGGAAGCGUUACGACGAUGAAACCGUUUUUCCCAGUUCGGUGCCGUUCCAAUUGGCGAAUAGCUACUUGUUUGGGUGGGGGUGGUCAGCUAUGCUUGAGCCAGG